GCAUUCCACGGAGACACCUCCUUCAUUCCCUUUUCAGUCAAGAUGGCGGGCGACGAGUCUGGCACAACGCUCGGUCAGCCUCAUUUGGCGAAACAAGACCUUUCUACUUUGGACGUGUCUACCUUGACGCCUCUCUCUCCGGAGAUCAUCAGCAGACAGGCCACCAUCAAUAUCGGCACCAUCGGCCAUGUAGCCCACGGGAAGUCCACGGUAGUGAAGGCUAUUUCUGGCGUUCACACCGUCCGAUUCAAGAACGAGCUGGAGAGGAACAUCACCAUCAAGUUAGGAUAUGCCAACGCCAAGGUCUACAAGCUGGAGGACCCUAACUGUCCCCGGCCCGAGUGCUACAGGUCGUGUGGCAGCAGCACUCCUGAUGAGUUCCCCACAGACAUCUCCGGCACCAAGGGCAACUUCAAACUGGUCAGACACGUGUCGUUCGUCGACUGUCCCGGUCACGACAUCUUGAUGGCAACCAUGUUGAACGGAGCUGCCGUCAUGGACGCAGCCCUCCUGCUCAUCGCGGGUAACGAAUCGUGUCCUCAGCCGCAGACGUCGGAGCAUCUGGCAGCUAUAGAGAUCAUGAAGCUGAAGCACAUCCUCAUCCUGCAGAACAAGAUCGACCUGGUGAAGGAGAGCCAGGCCAAAGAGCAGUACGAGCAGAUCCUCGCCUUCGUGCAGGGCACGGUGGCAGAAGGCGCUCCCAUCAUUCCUAUCUCAGCGCAGCUCAAAUACAACAUCGAGGUGGUUUGCGAGUACAUCGUGAAAAAGAUCCCCGUGCCCUUGAGAGACUUCAUCUCUGAGCCCCGACUCAUCGUCAUCAGAUCUUUUGACGUGAACAAACCCGGCUGUGAGGUGGAUGAUCUGAAGGGAGGAGUGGCGGGAGGAAGUAUCCUGAAGGGUGUGCUCAAGGUGGGUCAAGAAAUCGAGGUGCGACCUGGAAUCGUGUCCAAAGACCACGAGGGAAAGCUCAUGUGCAAACCAAUCUUCUCCAAGAUCGUCUCCUUGUUCGCCGAGCACAACGACCUGCAGUACGCUGCCCCCGGAGGCCUUAUCGGUGUGGGCACUAAGAUCGACCCGACACUGUGCAGAGCGGAUCGUAUGGUGGGUCAGGUGCUGGGCGCCGUCGGAGCGCUGCCAGAGAUCUUCACCGAGCUGGAAAUCUCCUACUUCCUGCUCAGGAGGCUGCUGGGAGUCCGCACAGAGGGGGACAAGAAGGCCGCCAAGGUCCAGAAGCUGUCCAAGAACGAGGUCCUGAUGGUGAACAUCGGCUCGCUGUCGACAGGCGGCCGCGUCAGCGCCGUGAAGGCUGAUUUGGCGAAGAUCGUCCUCACCAACCCGGUGUGCACAGAGGUCGGAGAGAAGAUCGCUCUGAGUCGACGUGUGGAGAAACAUUGGCGUCUGAUCGGAUGGGGACAGAUCAGGAGGGGCGUGACCAUCACACCAACAAUGGACGAUGACUGAAGAGAGGAGAAGAUGACCGGAAUUUACAACAACAACAACGCCCGAUCACCUGGACACCAACACCUUCACACUCUUCUUCUCGGCUUUUUCUUUUUGAUUUGUUUUUCCUGGAGGAGGAAAGAAGAGAACAGGACACUUCAUGGUUUUAAAGAUGCUUCCUCCCUCUGCUUCUCUUCCUCAGCAGGAAGCUGUUAACCUGUCGGUGCUGCAGGUGAAGGAAAGCAGAGGAGGAGGCUCUGAGAAGGUUCACAUGAACCACAGCAGAGGUUCAGUCAGUGCAGAGAGGAAGCUGUACUGUCCAAGAUUUCUGUAAAAUCUAAUAAACACAUUUGGAACAAAA